GCGAUCGCAGAGCUGCUUAUUCAUCAGCUUCCAGAUAAUUUGAAUAACAAAACCCUGUUACAGCGCGUAUAAAGUAUAAAAGCCGCCUGGCAGCCACAGGUUGUUGGACAGAUUCCCACAAACACAGAUCAUCAAACAUGGGCAAGAUCACCUUCUACGAGGAGAGGAACUUCCAGGGUCGCUCCUACGAGUGCAUGAGCGACUGCUCGGACAUGACCACCCACCUGAGCAAGUGCAGCUCCUGCAGGGUGGAGAGCGGCUGCUUCAUGGUCUACGACCGGCCCAACUUCAUGGGAAACCAGUACUUCCUGAGGAGAGGGGAGUACUCCGACUACGGGACUUUUGGCAUGAGUGACUCUAUCCGAUCCUGCCGUUUAAUUCCUCAGCACCGAGGCUCGUACAGGAUGAGGAUGUUCGAGAGGGAGAACUUCCAGGGCCAGAGUCACGAGCUGCAGGACGACUGCGACAACAUCCAGGACCGCUACCGCAUGUCCGACUGCCAGUCCUGCAACGUGCAGGACGGCCACUGGCUGAUGUACGAGCAGCCCAACUACAGAGGCCGCAUGAUGUACACGAGUCCCGGGGAGUACAGGAGCAUGAGGGACGUGGGAUACAGCGGCAUGAAGCUCAGCUCCGUCAGGCGUAUAAUGGAUUCCUGCUGAAGCAGAGAACAAAAAAUGUGCUGUUGAAUAAAAGUGAGAGACAAAUCAAA